GCUCUUGCCUCCUGUUCACCAGCCUAUGAUCUAUCCUAUGCUUUGAUCGGUGCCGAAUCUCCCGUGGUUCCCCUGUUUUGUAUCGACCAUUAUCCAAUUGGACGCGUGCUGGGAACCAGCUUAGUUUGUGUGUGCAUUUCGCUCAACCACACUUCUAGAACAGCUCUACAGGAACCCUCAACAGUAGAAUAUGCAGCUCGUCAAGACACUUUUCGUCGCCGCCGCGCUCUGCGUGGCUAUGGUUAACGCCGGCAACGCUCAUCAGCAGGAGCAGGAGCAGGAGCAGGAGGAGCAGAACGGCCACCAGUACGGCGUCGACAGCGACUCGGACUCGAAAUCUGGUUCCAGUACGCCCUCGCCCGUUCAGAAGGGCUUCGACGUACACCAGGUUAAAUUCACGACUGGUGACCCCGAGGAAGAGAAGGGCGAGGAGUCCUCGACCGACUACACGCUACUCUACGUGUCUCUCGGCGCCUGCGCCUGCAUCGGUGUGUUGGGCGCUGUGUACAUGAAGCGAAGGAAGGAGGACGACAAACUGCCCGGCGAGAUCUUCACUAUCGACGAUAAGAACUCGGUGCUGUAAGCGUGUUGGGGCCUCGAUGUACAACCACGCGCAGAGGCCAUGUCCUAUUAUGUUGGUAGCAUUAAUUGACAAUUUGAAAGUGUGUGUGAACGAA